AGUCAGGGAGAGAAAGAGGAGCGGUUAGGAAUGACGGAGUUUGCUCUUUCAACUUUAGAAACACAGACUUUCUCUGGCGUAUUUGUACCAACAUGAGCUUUACAAGGAUAAUAUAAAAGUUGUUUCAAAUGAGAGGCAAACUGUAGGUGAGUUUGGGGGGAGACGCAGAGGUUGACGGGCUGCUGCUGCCCACUGUGGGCUAAAACAUGGAUGUCCGGGGAGCAACGGUGCGGCUCUGAGGAGGAAUUAAGGCCGUUUCUGGGUUAUUUCUGGCCGUUGAGUCUCUGACGGAGCUAAAGGGGAUUUUAAAGGUUUUAAACUCACUCCGAAAGUGAAUCUGUGAACAGUUGUGACAAAACUAUUAGCAAAGAUGUUGAGGCUAUGGAGGCGAGACGUUCCGCUCUCAGAGAGGCUUGGGGAGGACUCUCCUCUGGCUGCGGCACCGGGGCCCCCACCCACGGCAGCUCUGACAGGCCCUAAUAUCUCCUGGCUCCCGGAAGCCCCGCUGCUGAGCCCAGACCAGCCCAUCUUCCUCAUGACUCCCACUGCGCAGGCUGUGUCUGGCUUCUUUGUAUGGACCGCACUCAUCCUCACCUGUCACCAGAUCUACAUGCACCUACGUUUCUACAGUUCACCUAGGGAGCAGCGUCACAUCGUACGGAUUCUCUUCAUCGUUCCUAUCUACGCCUUCGACUCUUGGCUCAGCCUCCUCUUCUUCACCAACGACCAGUACUAUGUCUACUUUGACACCGUCAGGGACUGCUACGAAGCGUUUGUAAUUUACAACUUCCUGAGUCUGUGCUAUGAAUACCUGGGAGGAGAGAGCGCCAUCAUGGCAGAGAUCCGAGGGAAACCCAUCGAGUCCAGCUGUAUGUACGGUACCUGCUGUCUGCGAGGGAAGGCCUACUCCAUCGGCUUCCUGCGCUUCUGUAAGCAGGCCACUCUCCAGUUCUGUGUGGUCAAACCGCUCAUGGCCAUCAUCACCGUUAUCCUGCAGGCCUACGGAAAAUACAAAGAUGGAGACUUCAAUGUUGCCAGUGGUUACCUGUACGUCACCAUCAUCUACAACAUCUCCGUCAGUUUGUCUCUGUAUGCCCUGUUCCUCUUUUACUUCGCCACGCGGGAGCUGCUCAGCCCUUACAGCCCCAUGCUCAAGUUCUUCAUGGUCAAGUCGGUCAUCUUCCUCUCCUUCUGGCAGGGCAUGCUGCUGGCCAUUCUGGAGAAGUGCGGGGCCAUCCCUCAGAUUAACUCGGUGGAGGUGUCUGUCGGCGAGGGGACGGUCGCCGCCGGUUACCAGAACUUCAUCAUUUGCAUCGAGAUGUUUUUCGCAGCGCUGGCUCUGCGUCACGCUUUCACGUACAAAGUCUACAUGGACAAAAGUCUUGAUUCACAAGGCCGCUGCGCCCCCAUGAAGAGCAUCUCCAGCAGCCUGAAGGAGACCAUGAACCCGGGCGACAUGGUCCAAGACGCCAUCCACAACUUCUCCCCAGCCUACCAGCAGUACACCCAGCAGUCCAUGCUGGAGCAGGGGGCGCCUCCGCCCGUCUGCCGCACCCUCAGUGUCGUCAGCGCCCGCGGCGACACCGAGAAGACCCUCCUGCUCAGCUCCGACAACGAAUUCUAGAGCAGGAAAUGUCAAGAAACGGGCACUGGUCUUACAGCUGAAUGGGAUUCAGACUGAUGUUUUAAUGGCGGAUGGAAACGUACUUAAUCGUCCCGUGCAGCCGGUCUUCUUCAAUGUGUGAAUGAUCAGAGAGUUGUGUGUUGUGUUUUUCCUGUUUUUGAGACUGAUCAUGAUUAUGAGGACCUUCCUGCGUAAACAUUUCUGCACCCACAUUUCCCAAGAGUCUCAAUCUAAGAUAAUUUGGUGAUAAAUCCAGCCAGAAAACGAAGAGGGUUGUGUCAUUUCCUGGAAAGUCUGUGAGUCACACCUGCACAUACUGAAUCAUACUUGACUUUUGAAACGCACAUUUUUCUGGCUCGGAUAGAAGCUUCAUUUUGGUUAAAGUUCGGUCUUGUUUCCUUUGCCCAAAUGUAUUUCUCAGUGGCAACGUAGUAAUCCUAAUGGAUGUUACUUUUAGUUUGCGUUUUGAAGGCCCUGUUGUUCUCACAUGGUCAUUUGCUGUGUUUAUCAAGGUUUCCUCAGUCAUGAAAAUACUUAAAAAGAUGAAUUAGAUUUUUUUUUUUCCCCCAUGACUGGAAAUGGAAAAUAUCAUUAAAGUUUCAUAAAAGUUUUGAACUUUUAAUUUUGUGAAUAUUUAGGUCUUCAUUUGCAAUAAUUUGAAAAAUGUAGCAAAUAAGUUGCACUUCAAACAAUGUUUUCACUGUCAUGGCAGUGUUGUCAUACAGUCCUAAAAAAAGUUGUACGAAGUAAUAGAACAUAGAUUAAUUGUAAAUACAGUGGGGGGGGGACCCUGGUUUAUUGCUGCAUUUUAAGGGACACAUUCACAGCAGAGUGGAGAUGCAUUUAAAGGGAAACCAAGUGAAAAAAACACGAGUUCAUGUCGGUUGUACGGAUCAAUGUGUUAUUGAUAUUAGAUGGAACAGAUGAGAGCGAGAGCAGAUUAUAGAUUAUACAGUACAUCUGCUCCAGCAAGAGUGAAGGGCAGCCGCAGCAGAGCCGGGCAGGAUUACGCUGCUGUAAUUGGGGCGUUAUUUGAACGGGCAGGAUUAAAGCUUGUGCUGAUUCACUGCAGUAGACCUCUGCACGCCACAAUGUAGGUUAACUGGAUUGAGGGAAAAUCAGUAGAAGAAUAUAGGUUAAAGCUAACUAUAGGUGCCUGUUCUCAAAAGAGGAGCUCUGUCAUAAGAAUCAAGCCUUCCCUUUGUUAAUAUACUGUAGCAGUUAAAGGUUUGGACACAGUUUCUCAUUUACUUGAAUGAGAAAGUGCAAGAAACUUUGGCUGGUGCUGUACAUACAUUGUACAAGAUGUUAAAGGCAGACAGUUUUGACAUUUGGAGUUGAACUGAAUUUAAAUUUUCACUUAUCUGUGUAAGGACGUAUAAACUAGCUAUUGUGCAUAAUUUUCAAUUUUUCAAAAGAGGAUAAAAUCCCCUAUAAGAAUCCUAGUGAUUUCCCUUUUUCAACAAGCGCACACAGGCAUUUGUCAUGUACGAUUAUCUGACCCUUUACAACAUGUAACAUUUGAGAGCACCUGUCAUGGUACUGUGUUUAACACCGAACACCAAGGAGAUAUAUUCUGAUUCCUUUGCAAACAUGAAUUUUAAUUUCAGUUCAACUUUAAAGUUGUUUGAAUAGUUUAAUUUCAAGGUAAUGCCUUUUCAAAAAUCCAUCCAUCUCAAUAUCUGACUGCCUUGUUUGGCUCCAAUUAUCUGGGAAUUACUAAAAAUCCAUCCGAUCAGGCCAGUUUUCUGCUUUUGCUCUCACACACCCACUGUAAUGACUUCUUUAUCGGCCAGUCAGGUUUCAGUAUUGCAAGUUUUUUUUCUUGCGAGGACCCAAGUUGUCAGCUUAACUCCAUUUUUGCACAUUAUACAGACCUUAUCCUGAGUUAUGGUGUAUUUUAAAGCUAAAAAAAAUAAACUCAAUAUCAGCACAAUAAUAUGAGAAUAAUAUAUUCUGUCCACUUCAUUUUCAUCUUUUUACAAUAUAUUAGACAGAUAAUAUUCUUUCAUGUAAUCCAUAAACUUCUCUUUGACUUGGAUGCUCUUCUGCUCUUCCAGUCAAGUCUUUAUUUUUUCUUGUUUGAUUUCAUUUCACCGCAGUCAGAGCUGUUUUUACACAUAAUUGGAGUUUGUGAGUCAUCUGAAUGAGUCAUGCUGAGUGUGCUGACGUGUUUACUGUAACUACUUUCACUGCUGUGCUGUAGCUCUGCAUGAACACCAGAGGGACGUGCCGAGAAGAAGACAGGAACACGUUCGCACUGUUAUCUACAAGCUGGCAGGCAGUUAUCACACACUUUAAGCUUGAUGCACAGGGAAAAAAACGCUUUGUCUGAGCGGUACUUUCACUGUCACUUUCUUUUCUUCUCAUCACUUUGUUGUGUCUGUGUCUUGGUCUUUUUUUAAAGUUCUGCUUCUGCCUGAUAUAGUAUUAGUUUUAAACAGGAGAGAAGCCACGUCAGUGCACAAGAGCACUGGCCUAUUUUUAGACAUCGCUUAGUGUUGUCUGGAUAAUUGGGUUGCUACAUUUUGACAUGGAUACAAACUGGAUUGUAUUUAUCAUGACUGAGCUACAGAAGAGCCUGUAUUACUUUAUACCCUGUAUUGUGCAUUUAUUAGUGUGCUUCUUUAAAUUUGAACAUUUUUUGUGCUUGCAAAAAAAAAGUAAUUUUCCUUUAUAUUUUCUUAUCAGGGUGGAAACUGACAGGUUUUUUUUGUUUCAUUGAAGCUCCUAAAGGCAGGUUUUCUUGCCUGAUGUUGCCUGAUAUUGUAAUAACAGUAAUUUACUAUUUAAAAGCAAAGUAGCCAGUAUGUCCAUGUUACAGCACUUUGAAUGCCAUAAUUCACUUUUAAGCCGCACUCUUCUGCCUCUUUCUCUUCUUCAGCAUCGUUUGUGACAUGUUACAUGAGAUGUAUAUGAAUAUCGCUGAGAAAAGGCUGUAGACUAACAUUGUAAAUAAAGUUUUAAGUGCUGUCUACAGGGGGAAUAGUAGUGAUGUAUGUUGAAAUAAUUAUAUAUGCUGUAAACAAUGAGCACAGGAAAAAACAUAGUUUUGUACUUUUAAUUCAUAACUGUCUUUUUUUUAUUAUUUCAAUGAUUGUUUUGGUUUCUAGUCUUGUAUAUUUUGAAGCUGCUCAUGAUGCUACUGUUUCAUGUCAAAUGUAUAAAUAUCUGGAGAAAUAAUAAAAGAUAUUUAGUCAGGUAUGUAAGUUUA